UAAAUUAUGGAUUAUAUCUUAAUAAUAAUUUUUUAAACAGAACCGGACUACAUAUAACAUGCUAUAACAAGAAAAAAAGAAAUUCAUAAUUUAGAGAGAGAAAAGAUGAACGACAAAGUGUAUCCAUCAGCGAAGCCAGCCGCCAACGGCGGCGCCGCCGCUCCCGCCGCGGUGAACGGCGAUUCUAACCCUUCGUUCCCAGCGAACAAGGCGCAGCUCUACAACUCCACGCGCCCGGCCUACCGCCCGCAGGCGCCGCCGAAGCGCUGCCGCCGCCGCAGCUGCUGCUGCUCGUGCUGCCUCUGGUCGACUCUCACUAUUCUCAUCCUCCUCCUCCUCGCCGCCAUCGCCGCCGCCGCCUUCUACGUCCUCUACCGCCCCCAGCGCCCCUCUUUCGCCGUCAAUUCGCUCUACCUCUCCCGAUUCAACCUCACCGGAAACUCCCUCGCCUCCUCGUUCAAUCUCUCCAUCACCGCGCGCAACCCUAACAAAAAAAUCACCUUCUUGUACGACGCGAUCUCGGUCAAAUUCAUCUCCGGCGAUCUCGACAUCGCCGACGGAUCCUUCGCCGGCUUCACUCAGGGGAAGAAGAACGUCACGACGCUGAGAAGCGUCGUUUCGAGCUCCAGAAACCAAAUCCCCGACGGAUCCGACACUUCGCAGCUGAAAUCAAGCUUCAAAAAUAAGAGCCUGCCGCUGAAGAUUCAGCUGGAUACGAAAUUGAAGGUCAAAAUUGGGGGAAUUAAAACGAAGAAUCUCAAAAUUAGGGUUACCUGCGACGGAAUUAAAAUCUCGAUCCCCGCUGGCAAAACGGCGUCGUCGGCGACGACUUCGCACGUGAAAUGCAAGGUCGAUCCAAGGAUAAAAAUCAUCAAAUGGACUGUUUGAGCAGAAUUGUUGAAUAAGGUGUGAUUUUUAUUUUUGGAUUUUUUUCUUUUCUGUUUAAUUAUGCUAAUUUUUUUGGAUUUGGUAAAUUAUAGCUGUUAGGAUUUGAUAUAUACAUAGUAUUAUUAUUCUUA